AUCUAUGUUGAGCUGCUUUGUUGCGCUGACCAGCAGCUUGAGGAUACUCAGUGAAGCCCUGACUGUUUACUUGCUUGCACUGGUUGACGAACGACUAAAGAAGAAUGGACGCCAUCAAGAAGAAAAUGCAAAGCCUGAAGACUGAGACUGAGAAUGCACUCGCACGCGCUGACCAGCUGGAUGCCGAGUAUAGAGCAGCUACUGCUCUCGCAGAGAAAACAGAGGAAAAUGUAAGAGAUCUGCAGAAGAAGAUGCAGCAUGUUGAGAAUGAUCUUGAUGUUACAAUUGAGAAACUGACACAAACCACAACUAAGCUAGAUGAGAAGGAGAAAGCCUAUUCUGUGGCAGAAGGAGAAAUACAGGCUCUCAAGAGAAAGAUUACUCUCCUAGAGGAAGAAUUAGAAAGAUCUGAAGCCAAGGGUACACUCACAAGCAAGGAACUAAGCGAGGCCUCAGCACUCUGGGACUCAAUUCUAAAAGCAAUCAAGGUUCUUGAGACAAAGAAUAUGAUUGAUGAGGAGAGGAUCGAGAUCAGUGAGAGCCAGCUCAAGGAGGCCAAACAGAUGGUGGAGGAGUCAGAUAUCAAAUACGAUGAGGUUGCCCGUAAGCUAGCUAUGGUUGAAGGAGACCUGGAGCGUGCUAGUGAGAGAGCAGAGGCUGGUGAGAGUAAGAUUGUUGAUCUUGAAGAAGAACUCAGAGUUAUCGGAGAGAACUUGAAAGCUCUUGAAGUAGCAGAGGAGAAAGCCCAGCAAAGAGAAGAAGAAUACAAAAAGCAGAUCAAGGUUCUCAUGGAUAGACUGAAGAGUGCUGAAGCUAGAGCAGAAUACGGAGAGAAAACCGUCCAGAAACUUAAUCUUAGGGUUGAUUCUAUAAUCGCUGAUCUUGUGACAGAAAGGAUGAAAACUCAGAACGUGAACGACGAAUUGGAUCAAACCUUUGAACUAUUUGUCGCAAACUAAAUCAAUCUUCGUCGCAAUGAAGAUCUUUGUCGAAAACUAAAAUCAGACAAAGAGCUGAAAUGUAUUGUCAAAUACUCAAACUAUCCAAGGUUAAUAAAUGUAUUGUCAAAUACUCUAACUAUCAAAGGUUAAUUAAUGUAUUGUCAAAUACUUGAACUAUCCUAGGUUAAUAAAUGUAUUGUCAAAUACUCAAACUAUCCUAGGUUAAUAAAUGUAUUGUCAAAUGCUCGAACUAUCCUAGGUUAAUUAAUGUAUUGUCAAAUACUCGAUCUAUCCUAGGUUAAUAAAUGUAUUGUCAAAUACUCGAACUAUCCUAGGUUAAUAAAUGUAUUGUCAAAUACUCGAACUAUCCUAGGUUAAUUAUGAAAAUUUAAGAAAAAUAUAAAUUUCAAGAAUGACGAAAGGUCGAAACUUUUAAAUCAAAGUUUUGACGUUGGUUUUGGGUUUCCGAAGUUAAAUCAUUGAAAAAAAAACAAAAAUUUAAAAUAAUUAGUUUUAGAUUAUCUGUCUUAUUCUUGUUUAAAAGAUCUGUUUCUGACCCGGCCCUGGUUAAAUUGUGUCUGUAACUAUUUUCUAAUUCUAUGUUUAGUGACCUGUAAAACCUAAUGGUUAAAAGAACUGAUUAAUCUCAAAUUCAAAAUUUCUUAUUCCUAAUUCUUUGCAACCUGAUUUCAGAGAUUUAUUUCAAAUUGUGAAUUCUGUUAAAACAAAUAGUAUACGUUUAAAAUAUACCAGGUUUACACCAGAAAGUUGCAAAGAUAUGCGGAUUAUUAAAUUAGAGUUUUUGGCGAGUAAUUAGUUUCUUUAUAAAAAUAUUCUCUAAUCCGAAGAAUUGGACGGUUGCUACCAUGUCUUUCGAUUUUAACAAUUUUUUCAAAAUUUGUUUUAAUUAAUGUUUUCAAAACUAAAUAAACGUUGUUCAAAUAUG